GUACUCUGCCUUUCAUUAGUUUAAAGUCUACCAUGUCCACCCAACUUCAAGCACAUUCAAUGACGCCCACAACGAUCAAUUCGCGCUAUAGCAUAAAUUGUCCCCAGACCCCCAGGCAGAUCGAAACUCGGAUGUGACGACCUCGACAAACCCGCGUAAAGCAAUUACUGAGUUGCAUUGACUCAACCAGCCCUCGCCGGCCUGUCCAACGUUUGAUAAUCCUUAGCCUGAUUGGGUCACUGAAAAGCCCACAACGAACCAGGCCGUUUUUACCCAGCAGGUUAAAACAUCCCAUCUCUCGGCACCAUCCGACAUUGGUGGGAUGAUCGAGGGAGCAUUGAGAUAAGCUCUACGGAACAUUUUGGAUUCCUUCUCUUGAAUGACUUUUUCAGCCCUCGGCUUUGCACCCCCUGCGUGCAAACUACCGGUCCUGACUCCCCUUGAAACUUGAACAGCCGGCUAGAGUUCGACCGUAGAUUCAAGUUCCACAUGUUAGCAAACAAUGAUGGACCAUAUUCUUCUUACCAAGGUGUCUAGUUACUAAGUACUGGCUUGGUUUAAGCUUGGCCCAUGAUGCGCAAUAUGGAGUUUUGUUUCGUACUCGUAGAAGCUCUACGAUGGAUAAAACAUCCCGCAUCUCUCUGUCCUCGACCGCUUUCAUUUUUCUUGUCUCUUGUCCAGCGCUAGUCAACACGUGAUUUUUCGUUUCUGUUUAUACAAAGCCUGGUGCAUAAUCAUCAUGACAAGACUAGCAACACUCAUCACCCUCGCAGGCCUCUUGGCCGUUUCACCUGGGGCGUAUGCACAGAGAAACAGAAACGAUACGGGUGGCAGCACCGGCGCAGAAGGCCUAAAUUCACUAGCCGUCAAGGCCGGCUUGCUCUACUUUGGCACAGCAAGUGACACCAGGAACUUUGCCGACGAGCCCUACAUGAGCGUCGUCAACAACACCAACGAGUUUGGCAUGAUCGUCCCGGAGAACUCAAUGAAGUGGGAGGCCACCGAAAAGGAGCCCGGCCGCUUCUCGUUCGCCAAUGCAGACCGCGUCCGCGCCCUGACCAAGGCCAACGGGCAGAUGCUCCGCUGCCACGCCCUGACGUGGCACUCGCAGCUCCCAAACUUUGUCAAGACGACCGCCUGGACCAGGGACACCCUCACCGCCGCCAUCGAGUCCCACAUCUCCAAUGAGGUUGGCCACUUUGCGGGUGAUUGCUACGCCUGGGAUGUAGUCAACGAAGCCGUCAACGAGAAUGGCUCCUUCCGCGACUCGCCCUUCCAUCGCACCCUCGGCACCGAUUUCCUCGCCAUUUCUUUCCGCGCCGCCGCCGCCGCCGACCCGAACGCCAAGCUGUACUACAAUGACUUUAACAUCGAAACCCCGGGGCCCAAGGCCAACGCCGCCAUGGGCAUUGUGCGCCUGCUCAAGGAACAGGGCGUCCGCAUCGACGGGGUCGGCUUCCAGGGCCACCUGACAGUCGGCAGCACCCCGAGCAGGGCCCAGCUCGCCUCGCAGCUCCAGCGCUUCGCCGACCUCGGGGUCGAGGUCACUUAUACCGAGCUCGAUAUCCGACACAAAUCCCUGCCGGUGAGCAGCCGCGCCGCGCAGGACCAGGCCCGCGACUACGUGUCCGUCAUCGGCUCGUGCCUCGACGUCACCGCCUGCGUCGGCGUCAUGGUUUGGCAGCCCACCGACAAGUACAGCUGGAUCCCGGAGACCUUCCCUGGCACGGGCGACGCCUGCCUGUUUGACGCGAACAUGAAUCCCAAGCCGGCCUACACUAGUGUGUCGAGCCUCCUGGCUGCUGCUGCUGCAACGGCGCCUGCAAGCGUCGUGCCCCCAGCUAGCGUUACGACGUCCAAGACCCCGAUCCAGGCGGGAGCUGGUCGGGAGACCGUUUCGAUCGCAGGUCUGACACUGGCCUUGAGCUCGUUGGCCUUUGGCAUGUUUAUGCUCUGAGUUCUCUCCUAUCUACUAAAAGCGUAUUUCUUAAGUUUAAUGCAAUAUUAUUUCAUAUCUGGGCUCUUCACAGAGGCGCCCGAGACCACUAGUCUACUGAACGCGGAAACUGGGUGCAAAAUAGGUACCAAACUCUUGUUUGGUUGUCCCACACAAGCCUCAAGUUAUUUGCGACCAUUGCCAGCCCCGCUACGACCAAUAAUCGUCACGACGAGCAAUAAUGACUAGCAAGGAUCAUUCAGAGAGACACCUGAUUCGGCCGUUGCCGCCCGCUUUCCUCAGAUAUUGAAGUAGACAAAAAAGGUACAUGUUUCUUGUUCUUUGGUACAUAUGUCCUCUUGCCAUCCGGCUCGACAAUAUGCCACCCCUCGACGUUAUCCCAGGGGAUCCAACUCGCCGUCACAAACUCCUGCUCGUGACCCAUGGUAUACGGCACCCCCGCGGCCCUGUGCUCCGCAAAGACGUCGCGAAAGCACAACCCCUGCGUCCUGAUGUGGUAGACCCAAGCCGUCUUGCCAUCCUGCCUCACGCUGAUGAAAAAGUACGUCGACUUCCAGCUCUUGGACGUCGAUAUCCAGGGGUCGUGCGGGUAUCGGCGGUCCUUGCGCGGCAGCUUUACGUGCAUCACCGGCGUUAUGCUGUAGUCCUCGGCCAGCCCCAGCGUGACGGCCCGGCUGAGGAAGCCAUUCGACUUUUCGAUGGUUUCGGGGCUGCGGGUGUCGCCGCGGUACAGGAGUGCUGGGGUGAUGGCGGCGACGGCGUUGAUCAGGAGUAGUGCGAGGGCAAAGGUGGAAAUGCCAAAGGGAUUAAACAUGUUUUCUACGGGGGGUGAGAGCGCAAAAAAAAAGAAGAGAAAAAGAAAAAGGGGAGGGGAUUAAGAGAAUUAGGGUUUAAAGGAACCAUAACAAGUUCGAGAUAUAACCGAGAGCCACAUUCUUAUUUGGGAAGGGAACAGUAGAAAAAUCAGCUCAGAAAAGUACAAGGAUGUGGAGAGACAAAGCCAAAUACUGUGUAGAUUAUUUAUUUACCAUUGGUAUCCAAGCUUACGCGGGGAUAUACAAAAGUUCCUUGGUUCUAGGUACACAUCAUGUAUUCGCCCAGGUGGAACGUAGGGGUCCCUCGAGAUCCGGCGAGG